GUAUUUUCUCCUCAUCAGGACAAAAAACUCAGAAAUCCUUAACAAAUCCCAUCGUCUUCUUCCUCUCCUCGUUUCCAUUCUAGUCAACCCCCAAAAUCCCCCCGCAAAAUGGGCAAAAAGUCCAGUGACACCGGCAAUCGCCGGUCACUCCCCCUCCUCGUCGCAGCCCUCCUCGUCUCCUGCUCCUUGGCCUACAUGGCCUUCUCCUUCCCUUUCCAUCGCCCAAACCCAAGAAUUCUCACUCAGAACCAGAAUCUAGGAGUUGGGUCUUUGAGUGGGGGCUCUGAGGAGGAGUGCUGUAGAGGGGUUGAGCACUUGGAGCUUUGGGGGUCAGCGGUGAAAUGGGGAACGGAUCACAAGUUCAAUUCUUCUGUGGGUUGCUGCAGAGCUUGCAGGGCAAUGUGCGGGGGCGAUGAUGGGCCUUGUUUGUGUGAUUCUUGGGUUUUUUGUGGGGAUAGGGAGAGGUGCGGGGAGAAAUUUGGUGAGUGUUGGUUGAAGAAACAAAAGGAUGUCCUAUUUCCUGCUUUACAAGAGACUGGGGAAAAGGUUAUCUGGACUUCUGGGCUUAUUUUUGGAAAAGGAGAGGGCAUCGUUGGUUUGGAAACUGAUCAUGGAACUCUUCAUAUCAAACUUAUGCCUGAUUGUGCUCCAUAUUCUGUGUCAUAUAUUGUCGAGCUAUUGGGAUCACGACAUUGUGCUGGUUGCCAAUUUUAUAGGGCUGAAGGCCGAGGAAGUUCAUGGGAUUCUCAAGGGAAUCACAUCACAGAUGCAUCUCUCGGCCCUCCCUACGCUUUAAUCCAAGGAACCUUAGAAGCCGAGGGUGUCCCGUUCAAGAAAAUACCGACGGAAGCACGCCCUACGAUAAGAAGAGGAUCGGUUGCAUGGAUCGGGUCAGGCCCCGAGUUCUUCAUAAGUCUAGCGAAUCACGAUGAAUGGCAAAGAGCAUACACGGUCUUCGGUUCUGUUCUGCCUGAAGAUAUGGAGAUUGCAGAGAAGAUUGCUGGACUUCCGACGAGAUCAGACGUCUGGAAUAGUUUUAAUGUUUCGGUGUUGGAAAAACCUGUGCAUUUGAGGGUCAGGCGAAUUCAUAGAGAGUCAGAGCAAAUGUGAGCUUGUAAAUGAAAGAACUACAGGUUUCUUCGUGAUUUAGUCAUGCAUCUUGUGUGUGUGUGUGAGUUUUUUCGAGAUGCCUUUAUGAGGUUUUUUUUUUCCUUUCGAAUACGUGCUUCACGAAGUCAGAUAUUUAGUUUUUUUU